ACGGAAACUCAAUACCCAAAAUGAGGAGUUACAUUGCAAUUGUCAUUCUGGUUGCGGUUGUUGGCGUCAGUGUUCAGGCUGCCUCAGUGGCAACGCCGAACUGUGGUGGCAGCACCUCCUCCAAGGAUAUCAAGCUGGUGAAGCCAACGAAUCCGCCCAGAGAAUGUGAAUACCGUGUCAAUGCCUACAGCAAGAAUGUCUGUCAGUUGCGCAUUGAUUUUGCCAUGACGCUGGCACAGCCGACGCUGCAGGAGGAGGGACAGGAUCUGUACACGGCGGAGUGCACCCGGGAUUACUUCGAGGUGAACGGACUGCGUCUGUGCGGCGUGGAGACCUGGCAACACAUCUAUGUGCCCUUCAAUGCCAGCGCCGGCGUCUCCAGAGUUGACCUGCGUAUUGUCCUGGCCAAUCGGGCAGGUGGCAACUCCUUGCCCACUCCCGAGUGGAACAUGCAGGUGACUCAGCUGGAGUGUCCUGCCGGUGCAGCCAUUCGCGAACUAUCGCGAAGGUCCAAGCAGCGUGCCAGCUCUAUCAACGAUGGUUUCCUUGUGGCGCCACCCGGUUGCCUCCAGUAUUUCCCGGAAUCCAAGGGUGUUGUAAAGUCCUUCAACUACAAUGAUGGCUCCGGCAUUUAUCCAUCGAAUCUGAACUACGCCAUCUGCUUCCGUCGCACCACAUCUACAAAAACACUCACAAUUCGAUCGUACUUCUUCCAUGUGGGCGCCGAGGCAUCAGCGAGCACUUUGCUCACCGAUAGCUCCUGUUAUCGAAGUGGCAGUUCCGGUGUUCAAAAUGCCGACUAUCUGAUGGUGCCACAGGCCACGUUAGUGGACAGCAACCAACGCGCCACCUACUUUUGUGGCGCCACUAAAAAGGAUGUGGUCAUAAGCAGCAACAACCCUGGUCCUUUGAUUGUGCUUUUCAACAGCGAUGAAAUGUAUACGCCCAACGAUUCCGGCUUCGCUUUUACUUAUACAGUACAAUAAAAGUUUUGCUAGAAUGUAAAACCUGCUAAAAUAAAGUUGUGAGAUGUUCAAAACUGA